UGAGAUGAUUGGCAGAAUUGGAGAAAGUGCAGCUGCUGUGAAGGCUUGCAAGCCUGCUGCCACGCUGGAUAACUGAAGUCAAAGCUGUCUAUUUGUAUUGUGCUUAGCUGUCAAGCUUACCACAUUUGGCUUAAAAUGUGGAUUGUGUGAGUGAACUCAUGAGACAUGCAAGACAGUCAAAUAUCCCAAUAGUUAUAGAUGGGGAUGGUCUUUUUCUUGUUACAAAUAAUCUUGACCUUGUUCGUGGCUAUCCCUUAGCUGUUCUAACACCAAAUGUCAAUGAAUAUAAGCGUCUUGUUCAGAAAGUACUGAGUUCUGAAGUAAAUGAUGUAGAUGCUCCUCAACAACUGCUAUCUCUUGCCAAAAAGAUUGUCGGUGUUACUAUCCUAAGGAAACGAAAUUCUGAUCUUGUAAGUGAUGGUGACACAGUCAAAUCAGUGAGCAUAUAUGGUUCUCCUAGACGUUGCGGUGGCCAAGGUGAUAUCCUUUCUGGAAGUGUGGCUGUCUUCUUAUCAUGGGCACGUCAACAUAUCUUGGCUGCUGAUUCAAACUCGAAUCUCAGUUGUAAAAAUCCAACAGUUUUGGGAUGCAUUGCUGGGUCUGCUAUAUUGAGGAAGGCUGCAUCACUUGCUUUUCUAAAGAAGAAAAGAUCCACAGUCACUGGUGACAUCAUUGAAUGCUUGGGACAAAGUUUGGAAGACAUUUCUCCUGCCAGUUAAUUCACUCUAGAUGCUCACCGUUGGCAACCAAGUUUACUUAUCCUGCAAUAAUAUUUUCUUUCUUUGUUGAGUUUUCUUCUUUCUUGUCUUUAUUUCUCCCAUUUUGGUCUGCUUUUUUUAUUUUGAAUAUUUAAAACAUGUCUGCCUGUUUUGCAAUGAUAGCCAAAGUGUGUGGAACAGAGUUUGGCUAAAACUUAACGUUAAACGUGCACAUGUGAAACUUAA